GACGUUUAUACGGAGUGAAUGUUUGUUACGUGUUAAAUUGAACAUAGUAGUAUUCUUUAAAAUGGAUUUAAUAUUAUUACUUGGAAUCGCUUCUGCUCUGCUUGUUAUAUUAGUUUGCAUUCUUCUAUUCACACGCAAGACUUCAGAAUCAAAAAAUGAAAGUGCAGGGCCAUCCCGACGGAUCAACCACGUCGUUGACUCAGAUAUACCACGACGUGCUCAAAUAGCUCGAAAUCAACGCCGAAAUGCACCCCAGCCUGUCGCAUCACAAGAAGGUGAAGAGGACAGUGAUGGUGGUGAGCCCAAUCGAGAGAAGAUGGGCGCAAAAAAAAGAGCCAAAUUAGAAGCAAAAGCAGAAAAACGUCAACAAAGAGAAGCCGAAAUGAUUGCAAGAGAGGAAAAGAAGAAACGCGAUGAACUAGCAGCGGCAGAACGAAAGAAAGCCGAAGAAGCGGAACAGAUCGCUGAGAAGAAGCGUGAGGAAUUGGAACGAUCAGAACAAGAGGAGAAGGCACGCAAAGAGCACGAAGAAUAUCUUAAAAUGAAAGCUAGCUUCCAAAUCGAAGAGGAGGGUUUUGAUGAGUGUGACGAAGACGAAGAAGAAGCCUUACUCAACACAUUCAUAUCUUUUAUUCAAUUGCAUAAGGUUGUCAUACUCGAAUCACUCGCUAAUCAAUUUAAAUUGAAAACACAAGCCGUCAUCGAUCGCAUAACUCACUUACAAAAUGAUGGUAUUCUAUCUGGGGUCAUCGACGACCAAGGAAAAUUUAUAUAUAUUUCAACGAAGGAGCUGCACGAUGUGAGCAAAUUCAUUCGGCAACGUGGCCGUGUGUCACUCACUGAACUGGUGGAGAGCAGCAACAAUCUAAUCAAUUUGAAACCAAUGCUGGAUGAUGCAGCAACUGUUGCAUAAGCACUGAUUUAUUUAUGAUUUUUUUCUCUUUUACAGUGGUAUUGAAUUGAACGAAUAAAUUUUUCUUUCCACAUUAUAA